AUGGUUGUUGCUACCAUCAAAUGUGUCGUGGUCGGGGACGGUGCAGUCGGCAAGACCUGUCUUCUCAUCUCGUACACAACAAAUAAGUUCCCUUCGGAAUAUGUGCCCACUGUGUUCGACAACUACGCCGUGACCGUGAUGAUCGGCGAUGAACCGUACACGCUCGGCCUCUUCGACACCGCUGGACAGGAGGACUACGACCGGCUGCGCCCGCUGUCCUACCCGCAGACAGACGUCUUCCUCGUGUGCUUCUCCGUCACUUCGCCCGCCUCGUUCGAGAACGUUCGCGAAAAAUGGUUCCCCGAAGUCCACCACCAUUGCCCCGGCGUCCCCUGCCUGAUCGUCGGUACCCAGACCGAUCUGCGCGAUGACCCCGGUGUCCGUGAGAAGCUUGCCCGCCAGAAGAUGCAGCCCAUCCGUAAAGAGGACGGAGAUCGCAUGGCCAGGGAACUGGGUGCUGUCAAAUAUGUCGAGUGUUCGGCCCUGACGCAGUACAAGCUCAAGGAUGUUUUCGAUGAGGCGAUUGUUGCUGCGCUGGAGCCGGCGCCGAAGAAGCCCCGUAGUAGACGCUGCCCUUUGCUGUGA